GAGGAAAACUAUUCGGUGCGGAAUUUCGUGUCUUUUCCGCCCACCAUUGGGGGCCGCACCGGUCGGAUCCCGCGCGAUGCCCUGGCUUGAGUUUGGGGGCGCAGCGGGGCCCGGCGGGGGCGGCGAGCGCGCGUUCCCCCGCCCGUUCGGGCGGCGUCGAGGCGCGAGCAGCUCAGCCAGCCUUGCAGAGGGAGCUCUCGGCAGCUCAGGGGUCCCUCUGCUCGCUGCCACACCAGCGCCGCCUGCGCCACUCGGCGGCGACGGAGACCGGCAGCGGCGAGGAUCGGACUCGGGGAAACUAGAGAGCGCCCCAGCUGCCGGAGAAGCACGCAGGGCGGCCGGGUCCAGAAAAGCCUAGCUCAGCAUCUAAGCCAAGAGCCUUCUCUUUGUUCAAGAUUUAUUUUAUGUGUAUGAGUAUUUUGCCUUCAGGUAUGUAUGUGCCUAUAAAUGGUUAUGAUGCUGCAAAAUGAACCCAAGUCCCCUGCAAGAACAGUAAGUGCUCUUCACUGCUGAGCUAUCUCUCCAGCCCCCAACAACCAUGGGGCAUGGGAGGCCUGAAUAGUAUACUUCUUUCUGAGGGGAUGGAGAGAAAGCAGAGAACAUCUCAUGUGCCUGGUAUUCAGCAAACUGUACCCACAUAUCAGGCUCAGAAACGUACAAGGAAGGCACCCCCGCUUUGUGGGGGAGAUGAAGAAGCAGUCCUCUUCCCGUGUGCCAGCCCAUCUGCUGCUUUGCCUUGGUAAACAUGCUUUUUCUUCUUCUUGGUUCACUGCAGUGUUGAAUACAUGAGAAAGAAGAGUGUGAAACCAGAAGAAAAGAUAAGGUUGGAAGAGGGCAAGCGGAAAGGAGGGGAAGGGAAGGAACCCCCGGAGCCACCAACACAAUAAAUUGUAUCCU